AUGCUCCGGCUCCGCCACAGCGUCCUUGCCCAGCUCCUAUCGUCUCCCUCCGCCUCCACCAUCUCCCCUCUCCACCGCCUCUUCUCCGCCGCCGCGCCCGCCGUUUCCCCCAACCCUAGCUUCGCCGUCGACGACUACCUCGUCGCCACCUGCGGCCUCACCCGAGCACAGGCCCUCAAGGCCUCCCCGAAGCUCUCCCACAUCAAAUCCCCCACCAAUCCCGACGCCGUCCUCGCCUUCCUCGCCGGCCUCGGCCUCUCCGACGCCGACAUCGCCGCUCUCGUCGCCAGGGACCCGCAAUUCCUCUGCGCCAAAGUGGAGAAAACCCUGGCCCCCGUCGUCGCGGGGCUCACCGGCGUCGGUCUCUCGCCUUCUGACAUCGUACGCCUCGUCUCGCUCUCCCCUAACAGCUUCCGCUGUAGAUCCAUAGUCUCCAAGCUGCACUACUACUUGCCUCUCUUUGGGUCCUCUGAGAACCUCCUCCGGGCCCUCAAGAGGAACUCCUACCUUCUUUCGUCUGACCUAGACGGUGUGGUGAAGCCCAAGGUCACGUUGCUGCGGGAGUGCGGGCUAGGUGCUUGUGAUAUUGCCAAGCUAUGCAGCAAUCAACCAGGUCUGCUCACCACCAAUCUGGAGCGCUUCCAGGUACUGGUGGCAUGUGCCGAAAAGAUAGGUGUGCCCCGUGGUUCUAGGAUGUUCAGGCAUGCGCUGCGUGCUGUUGCAUCUUUCAGAGAGGAGGAGAUAGCAGCCAGAGUGGAGUACUUGAGGAACACGUUCAUGUGGACGGAUGGUGAGGUGGGAAUUGCUGUUUCUACGUUCCCAUUGAUGCUGUCGAGGUCCAAAGAAUCACUGCAGCGUAGGUCUGAGUUCCUCAUCUCUGAGGUGGGCUUGGAACCGGCGUACAUUGCUCAUCGACCCGUAAUGCUUGGUCUCAGCCUAGAGGGCCGGCUCAGGCCCCGGUACUGUGCUGUGAAGUUUCUCAAGGAAAAUGGAUUGCUCAAGCGUGACCCAAACUACAGCAUUGUUUUUAGGGAGACCGAAAAGACAUUCAGGGACAAGUUCAUAUGCCCUCAUAAGGAAGCUGCACCACACCUUGAAGAAGACUAUGAUGCUGCUUGUAAAGGGCAACUGCCGACUAAUUUCAGAUUCACACAAGCCAAGAACGGACUAUGA